UAGAAAUAACUUGCAGCUAUGGACAAAUGGCUUGUGCAUCGGGGGAUAAAUGUGUUCCGCUAAGUUGGAAAUGUGAUGGGGUUGCUGACUGUCCUGACGUCUCAGAUGAAUUGAAUUGUCCUGCUCAGACUUGUGCACAAUCAGAAUUUGCCUGUGGAACUAAUGGCACCUGCAUACCAACUAAGUGGAGAUGUGACAAAGAAUUAGAUUGUGAGCACGGAGAAGAUGAAAAGAAUUGUGAAGCAUUGCAGUCAGUUUGUACUCCAAAACAGUUAUAUUGUGCAGCAGAUAAAGAGUGCAUUGAUAAUGACUGGAAAUGCGAUGAGGUGGACGACUGCUCAGAUGGAAGUGAUGAAAGCAAUUGCACUGUCAUUGACCGACAUUGUGGUGAGGCCAUGUUCACCUGCGUCAAUGGGCAGUGUAUCUCCAAGGAAUGGCAUUGUGACGGAGAUGCUGAUUGUCUUGACGGUUCUGAUGAAAAAGAGUGUGAUGCCAAAUCAUGCGGCGCUGAGCAAAUCAAAUGUACUGACGGCAGUCGCUGUAUUGACCAUUCAUGGCGCUGUGAUGGCGACUUUGACUGCUCAGACUACAGUGAUGAGAAUAACUGCACAGGCUCUGAUUGACAAUUUUACAAACACGUGGUUUCAUGGACGUAUCUGUCAAAUUUGUUUUAAAAUGCUACUUAACAACCUGUAACAUACAUGUAUUAUGAUGGUUGAUUUCUGCCAUAUCGUUUUGGUGUAUUGGCGAAGAAAGACGGUCGCAAACACGCAGAUACGACAAUUAUCACAUUUGUCUGUCGAAGAUUUUAGAAGGCGGUUGGAGAGAGCCAACGAGGUUAAAUAAUGUUAUUUCAAGGACUUAGAACCCAUGGCCUACUUUCUUUCAUUUUCAAAAAAAAAAUAAAAAAAAUUGAUAGAUGUGUCGCAUGUAUGCACAUGAGAAGCCGCUUGCGUCGAUUGUAUGUAGAAAUGUGUGUUUAACAUGUGUGUAUUCAGUUUUCUUUUAUUCUUUUGGUUCAUAUUAGUUACAUAAUAUGAUGGUUUUGAUCGUGUCAGCGGUAUCUUCUUAUUCGUAAGUAACAAGUGAUAGGAGUUGGGAG